AUGGAGGAGCAGGAGCAACAGGAUUUGAAUGAGCCAGAGGAGGAGGGUGGGCAAGCAGAUGAACCCCACCAUGGGGUAACACCCAAUCUCUUGAGGCCUUUAAAUUAUGAUGGAAUACAAGUCAUGGAUCCCCCCAGGGCCUUGGGAACCUUGAGGGAAAAUCUUCCCAACAACAGCAGUAGCAGCCGCAGCUCUAGCCAAAAGUUCAAAAGAAAUAACAAAAAUUUAGAAAUUGUAGAUGUAAGUCAGACCAUACAAUGGCAUGAAAUCAUUGAGGAUGAGGAGGACGAGGAGGACGAGGAGGAUGAAGAGGGCAAAAAUGAGACUCAGAAUGGUUCUUCUCCACCAGGUCAAGGGGAUUUGGUGCAGCAACAAGAGGAGGAUGACGAUUUUGAACAAGAGGUACGCAAAAUAUUACAAAGCAAACGGCGACGAAAAAGAUCAAAAAGGAAUUGA